GGUGGUGUUGUGGAGGGGAGAGCAGGGAGCACGCGCGCGCGCGCGCGCGGCGGCGCAGUUUAAUCACCGAGCGAGCGGCAGCAGCAGCAGCAGGUUCGGAGUCGAACAGCAGCAUGCAAGAAUAAAUUUAUAAUUGGAAAACAACAUUCUGCUUUGAUUAAUGCAUUUAAAGAUGGCCUAUUAAUUUUACACCAUGUUACAAGAAUAGCUAAUAAUAGUAAGAAAAGGAUGGCUGGUUGUGGUGAACUUGAUCACUCAAUCAAUAUGCUUCCAACGAACAAAAAGACAAACGAAUCAUGUUCAAAUGCAACCCCAUCUCUUAUGGUUCCCGAAUGUGCUAUCUGCCUGCAAACAUGUGUCCACCCUGUGAGUCUGCCCUGCAAACAUGUCUUCUGCUAUCUGUGUGUAAAAGGAGCUUCCUGGUUGGGAAAGCGGUGUGCACUCUGUCGGCAGGAGAUUCCAGAGGACUUUCUUGAUAAACCAACUUUGCUUUCACCUGAGGAACUCAAAGCAGCCAGUAGAGGCAAUGGGGAAUAUGCUUGGUAUUAUGAAGGCAGAAAUGGCUGGUGGCAAUAUGACGAACGUACUAGUAGGGAGUUGGAAGAUGCAUUUUCUAAAGGUAAAAAGAGCACUGAAAUGUUAAUUGCUGGUUUCUUAUAUGUGGCAGAUCUUGAGAACAUGGUUCAGUAUAGGAGAAAUGAGCAUGGACGUCGCAGGAAAAUAAAACGGGACAUAAUAGAUAUUCCAAAGAAGGGAGUGGCUGGGCUUAGGUUGGACUGUGACUCUACUGCUAUCAAUCUAGCAAGAGAGAGCUCUGCAGAUGGUGCAGACAGUAUACCACCGCUAGGUGCUGCUGCUGCUGGGCAGCCUCCAGCAACCGUUAGACCCCUUCCUACACUAGAUGGUCAGCUGACGAGUCCUGCAACACCAUCACCUGAGGACAGUACUCUAGAGAACUCUCUUGCCAACUUGCAAAUCAAUGGAGACAGUUUGGUUGAAAGGAGCCAUAGGGGUGAGGGAGAGGAAGACCAUGAAUCACUAUCUUCUGGUAGGAUGCAAGUUAUUGACACCUCCAUAGAGGAAACAGAAUCGGAUGCUAGCAGUGAUAGUGAGGAUUUGUCUGCCCAAUUUCAGCUGCCUGUACCCUCUGCUCAGCAGAGACACCUGAAUGGAAAUCAGCCAGCCUUGGAUAGACCAGUGGCAGGCAGUGGGGUGGGAAAUACCACUGUGAGAUCGAGAAGGCCUGAUGGACAGUGCACAAUAACAGAAGUCUAAUUCUAGAGCCAUGGUUUUAAAAUUCAGUCUUAUACCUGUACAUUUUGUCUGUAUUGACAUUGCGCUCCAGCCUAGCAGUCUUAUUUUAAAGUGUUUCCGUAUGAGAAGAAGGGGAAGAAAGGAAACCUGAUCAUCUAACAUUAAAAGCUGUCUUUUAAUUUGUCUGGAACACUGAACAUUUAAAAAUCUGGGCAUGUGUUAAUGGUUUGGAAGCUGUUUAGCAACACUCAGUUUUGUAAAAUGUCUGCUUUUAUUUUGUAGUAUAUGCCCUCUCCAUAUUAAAACCCAUCCUCCUUUUUUGACAAAUGUAUAUUCACUGUACAACUUGGAACUGUUAUUAUUUGUUGCAUUAAGUAUCUUAAGUAACUAUCUGCAUGGAUUGAUGUAUGGAAGGAAUAUUAAAACUGGAAAUGAUCAAGAGUCUGGAAAUGUGCAAGAUGCUUAAUUUUAACAUAAAAUAGUUGUGACUCCUGAAAUUCAGAUGUUUUACUGAAGCUGAGAGAUAAAUCAUCCUGAAAAUGAAAUGUAAAAUAAUUUCUGUUGCAGAGUUUUGCUUGUAAAGAAGUCAUGGUGUCUUCAUUGGCUCUCUGUCUAGUCCCUGUAGCUUGUUUGCGUCUUUCUUGUGUCGUUUUUGUUACAAGAUUUAUAAUUUAAUAAACUACAUUUUAUCAACAAUCUUAA